AGCAGCGACCCCGAUGAGAUCCGUCGCCAGGUCGAAUUCUACUUCUCCGACUCCAACCUCCCCACCGACAACUACCUCCUCAAGCAGACCGGCGGCCACAAGAACCUUCCCGUUGAUCUCAAGGUCAUUCACAACUUCAAGCGCAUGCGCCACUUCCAGCCUUACUCGGCCGUCCUCGAGGCUUGCAAGGCCAGCACCGUGAUCGACGUUACCGAUGACGGUCAAAUCACUCGCAAGGAGCCUGUUAGCGAGAAGUUCAGCGACAAUGUGGACGAGAACCGCAAGAUGCUUGAGAACGAGACUAUGGCCCGCAGCAUCUACGCCAAGGGCUUCGGCGAGGAGAAGCCCACCAGCCAGACCGAUAUUGAGGAGUUCUUCGCUGUUUACGGAACCUUCAACGCCGUGCGCCUACGCAGACACGCUAACGGCGAGUUCAAGGGCAGCGUUUUCGUCGAGUUCUCGGAUGAGAAGACCGCCGAGGACUUCCUCAAGCUUGACCCCAAGCCCGCAUUCCAGGGCCAGGAGCUGAGCAUCAAGAGCAAGAAGGCCUACGUUGACGAGAAGCUCGAGGGCAUCAAGAACGGCACCAUCACCCCCAACGACAAUUGGAAGGAGAGAAGAGACAACGAUCAGCGCGGCGGUCGUGGAGGCCGUGGUGGAAGAGGUCGUGGCGGACGCGGUGGCCGUGGC